AUGCCAACACAUAUAAUGACAUAUGAUGAAAGUUUAUUACCAACACAUCCAUGUUUCAAAUUAUUUUCUAAUGAUGAACAACAACUUAAUCAUACAACUAGUCGACGAUUAAUAACAAUGAUUAAAGUACGUGAAAGUACUGGUGAUGAAAAAGCUACUGUGAAUGAAAAACUAUUUAAUAAUUUUCGUGAUUUAUAUUUUACACCAAAUACUAAAAUUUGGGAACAAUUGAACAGUGAAAAUGAUACAAGUAAUUCUUCCGUUGUUUCGAAAAAAAGAAAUCAUGAUGAAUGAUUAUUAAAAUAAUAAAAUUAUCGAUUUUGUUAUUGUUAUCAACUAAAAUUCUUUUAUUUAUAUAUUCAUUUCGUUUUGCUGCUAGAUCUUAUCAAUAUGCGUAGAAUAGAUUGUGAGGGUGUGAAUCCUAUACCUGUGUUUAUUCGAAGACAAAUACACACUAUAGAUAGGAUGGUAGAACACCCUAUUAAGGAUAUGUCCAACAGAAGAUCAAGGGAACAAGAUGAGGAAAAGUCCCAUGACAUAUAGCAAUACAUAUGUAAACGAUGGGGGAGGAGAAAUCUAUAUAGCAGAAAGAAAGGAAAAAUCCAUGAACGAUAUAUGGAAGAGAACAUUAUAUAUGAUAUAUGUAUAUGUGGCAAUAGAACGAAAGAAAUUAGAUGUUAUUCGAGUUUCAUUCGACUACAAAUAUGCGAUGUGAACCUCGAUAUCGAAAUCAUGAUUUCAAGGUUUUCACAGAUUUCUCAACAUUCGUAGUUAUCCUAAAAUGGAGUUUCCUUCUAAUCAUCCUGAUUUGAGUGCUCCCUAUAAAAACAUCGGUAUUGUAUAUCACAGCAUGUAUAAUUAUCCAAGAGCACUUUCUUAUUAUUUAUAUAAAAUAGAUAAUUUUAUUUUUUAAUACAUCGUAUUUUGAUGGCCUAUUUCUAUAUCUCCAUAUAUGCAAUACUUGAAACUUGAAUUCAACUAUCCAAUUAGGCCAUGUGUUAAAGACAAUCGAUCAAUAUAUAUGUUACAGUUGAUAUGAGAAUUUAGUUGAGAUUAGAAUACGCGAAAAAAAAAUAAGAAUAAAAAAAAUUUCUAAAAGAGAAAUUCUUAGUAUGUAAAAGUAGCUUUAUGAUUGACAUAAUUUCACGUAGUUUUGUAAGAGCACACAGAAAUUUUUCUUCUUUUCUUCCUAUGCACAUCGUUCGAAAGAUGACUGAUACUCAUUUAUACAUAUUUUCCCUAAAAUCUCUAUCUAUUACAUCUAAACAGAUGAUACAAAAUCAAUAUACCUUGGAUAAUAAAAUAACUUAAUAUAAACAAGUAAUCGCUGAAUGUCCCGCAUGUCCUGCUUAUAAAAUAAUAUUCAUAAUGAAUGAGAAACUUUAGUAAUCAAAAAAUCAAUUUUAUCUUUAAUCUGAAUUUCUUAAUUUAUAACAUUCCAAAUUCAACUAUAUUCCCUAACCGACUAUUGCUGUUAUUAAAUAUAUAAUACUCAAAUACUAAAUUAUAGGAGAAGAUGCAGUGUGGAAGGUUUUAUAAUUUACAAAGAACAAAUCAUUGUUCAGUUGCAGUUUUUGCUGUAAAAUCGAAUAAAUCUCUAAACAUCGAAGCUAUAUAUUUUAGUCAAAAACAGUUUAUCAAUAUAUACAGUAAACUCUUUUCUCACACUCUUCAAGGAACAAGUUAUAAUCCAAUAUCUAAAGUUGAUUUUAAAACAUUUCUUGAUGAAACCAACAGUAUACGACCAAAAGAUUUUGAUCAAAAUGUGAAAUGUAAAAAUAUACUGUCCUCUAUGAAUUAGCCAAUUUUUUAUCGUACAUGUUUUAUUAUAUGUUAUUUUCAAAUACAAUAUAUAUUAAAUAAUAAAAGAAAUCGUUUAUUAUCUUUACAUUCUUAUCACGCCAAGGACUAGAGGGUAAAAACAAAUAGACAAAAAUUUUUUCUACUACCGAUAAGUCACCUUGCGUAACGUAUCGAUUCAUUAUUUUCGUAGUUUCUCAACAAUCGUUAUUGUGAUGAUUACGUUUUAUGAAUAAAAAUGAGUAAGAAAGCACUCAAAAAUAUAUCUGCAUAUUCGCUAUUUUUUUUUUGUUCUGUUCUUAUCAAGAUUUUGACAGUAAAUGGGAAGUAGGCAAUAAUAAUAAAUCAUUUUUGUUACCUAUUACCGUUUAGCCUCGUCAAAAUCCAAAUCCCAAUAACGAUAGAUAAAGGACAAAAACCAGAGAGGGGGGAUUUUAAAUGCUUGAUUAGUUUUUAACUAAAGAAGCCAAAAAUAGUCGUUAACGAAAGUUAUGAUCAAAUUUGAUAAUCGAUGUUAUUAUUACGAAUAAAAAUAUUCGAUGUCUCAUUGGAUAAUUUUAUAUCAUCACAGGUGUAGUUAAACAAAAAACAAAAUUAUAGAUAUAAGCAUGAACGAAAGACUUUUUUGAUAAAAUGAAAAAAAAAUAUUAUAUUUGAGUAUAAUUCAUGCCACGAAACAUGAUUUGAUCUAUUUUACAAUCGUAAUAAAAAACAAUUCAUGAAAUUUGAAUAUCUAUUUCAAAUUUAUUACAUUCGUAGAAAUAUGAUUAAUAAAACGACUACUGGAUCUUAGUAAUAUAUAUUCUAUUCUUGAUAUUAAUAAUCAGAAAGUAAAAAUAUCUUGUCAUUAAACUAAUGUUUGAAUUUUUUUUUCAUUCAUAUUCAACACAUGGGAAUAAUAAUACGAAAACAAAAAUAUGAUUGUUGUUUCUAUAUGAAACUAUCAGCAAUGCACGAGACGGG